AUGAAGGGAGACAAAAAGAGUCAUUCACGCAUUCUCCCGAGUGAAACACGAGCUACUGAGUGCUAUUUUAGAGUGCAGUUCUUUGGAGUGAAAACUAAGAGGAUCAAAAGAUCGUAUCGUGGUGGAGAUCAACCACCAGAUUUGCAAAUGCAAGCUAUUACUCGCACCUUGCAACGCCUAUUAGAAAAUGGACGUUCAGAUCCAGAUGCUUAUCUGACAUGGGAAAGCAAGGUUGAACACGUUUUUGAGUGUUAUAACUACUCAGAACAGAAAAAAGUUCGACUAGCAGCUAUGGAGUUUGUUGACUAUGCACUGGGCAACAGGAGCGUUGAGGACUAUUUCAAGGAGAUGGAGAUGUCCAUGAUGCGUGCAAACAUAGUUGAGGACCGUGAGGCGACUAUGGCUCGGAAACAAGCACCACAACCGCCAGUACGGAUUCGAGAGCCAGGCAAAUCCAGCAAACCAAAGCCUCCCAUUGCUGAUAAUGGACGUGGCAAACAACCAAUGGUGGCACCAAAACGAUCAAGAGAUAUUCAGUGCUUUAAGUGCCUUGGUAGAGGACAUGUUGCUAGCCAGUGUCCUAAUCGGAGGGUUAUGUUGAUACGAGAAGAUGGAGAGAUCGAGUCAGAUUCUGAGGAAGAUGUACAUGAACUCCCGACUAAAGAAGAUGAAGAGAAUGACCUAGAAGUUGCUGAAUCUGGUCAAGUUAUGGAGAUCAUGGUUGUUAAACGUAGUUUGAAUGUGCAACAGGUGCAAGACGAGCAACAACGUAAGAAAAUUACUUUGGCUCCUUUGACACCGAGUCAAGUAAUUGAAGAUCAAACAAGCUUGAAAAAGAGUAAGGAAGUUGCAAAGGAGAAGAAAAAGAUGAGUGUAUAUGCAAGCAGUCGAGAAAUCAGGAAAUGUCUUUCCUCUCACCAAUCCUUGUUUAUUUUAAUGUUUAAAGAUCAUUAUUUAUUGGCUGAGUUCCCUGCUGAUUUGCCUGCAUCGAUUGUGUCCCUUUUGCAAGAGUUUGAGGAUGUGUUUCUGAAAGAAACACCGAAGGGAUUACCACCUCUUCGUGGCAUUGAGCACCAGAUUGAUUUCAUUCCAGGUGCUACCAUUCCAAAUCGACCAGCUUAUCGUACUAACCCUGAAGAGACGAAAGAGCUUCAAAGGCAAGUUGCAGAAUUGAUGGACAAGGGUUAUAUUCGAGAAAGUCUGAGUCCAUGUGCUGUUCCAGUGUUGUUAGUACCAAAGAAAGAUGGGUCUUGGAAGAUGUGCGUAGAUUGUAGAGCUGUGAAUCAAAUUACAAUUAAGUAUCGUCAUCCUAUUCCUAGACUUGAUGACAUGUUGGACGAGCUUUGCGGAGCCGUCAUCUUCUCCAAAAUUGACUUGAAGAGUGGAUAUCAUCAAAUUCGCAUGCGAGAAGGCGACGAAUGGAAGACAGCCUUCAAAACAAAGCUAGGUUUGUAUGAAUGGUUAGUGAUGCCUUUUGGUUUAAGUAAUGCACCUAGUACUUUUAUGCGACUAAUGAAUCAUGUUCUGCGAUCUUUUAUUGGAAAGUUUUGUGUUGUUGCACAGGGUGUUGAAAUUGAUCAUGAGAAAAUAAAGGCAAUUCAGGAAUGGCCACGACCGACAUCGAUUACUCAAGUUAGAUCAUUUUAUGGUCAGCAUAAAUUGAACAAACGACAUGCUAAAUGGGUUGAAUUCUUAGAAUCUUUUCCUUAUGUCAUUCGAUACAAAAAAGGGAAAGAUAAUGUCGUUGCUGAUGCAUUAUCACGCAGAUAUGUACUAUUAAGUUAUCUUGAUUCACAUUUGAUUGGAUUUGCAUAUAUUCGAGAGUUAUACUCUGAUGAUCAUGAUUUUUGCGAUAAGUAUAAUGCUUGUGAGAAAGGUGCAGAUGGAAAAUUCUACAUGCAUGAUGGAUAUCUUUUCAAAGAAAACAGGAUAUGCAUUCCACAGGGUUCAAUGCGUGAUAUACUGAUCCGUGAAGCACAUGAAGGUGGAUUGAUGGGUCAUUUUGGGGUCACUAAACGUUACACACCUUAA